AUGGCACAGAAAAGCAGCAGUCUAAUGCAAGUGUACAUAUUACUCCUCACAACAAUUUUAUUUUUGUCACGAGAGAUAACAAGUAGUUCUGUUUUAACUGUGAAUGGUAAAACGGAAAACUAUGUUCUGGAUACUCAACGUGGCUUCCAAGCAUCUCUGGAGUGUGUUGUUCAAAACCACACAAGAGACGAAGAACUUCUCUGGUACAGAGAAGAUGGGAGAGUGGACUUGAAACCUGGAAACAAUAUCAACUCCAGUUCUGUCUGUGUCUCCUCCAUCAGUGAAAAUGACCAUGGAGUCAAUUUUACCUGCAAGCUGCAGAGGGAUCAGACGGUGUCUGUCUCAGUGGUACUGAAUGUUACUUUUCCUCCUCUCCUAAGUGGAAAUGACUUCCAAACAGUUGAAGAAGACAGCAAUGUGAACUUGGUUUGCAAUGUGAAAUCCAACCCCCAGGCUCAAAUGAUGUGGUACAAAAACAAUAACAUCCUGACUUUAGAGAAAAACCACCACCAAAUCCAACAGACAAGCGAGUCUCUUCAGCUGUCCAUCAGCAAAGUCAAGAAAUCUGACAAUGGAACCUACAGCUGUAUUGCAAAUUCACCUCUGAAAAUGGAGACCUUGGACUUUCACCUGAUUGUUAAAGAUAAAGCUGUGGUGGUACCAAUAGAACCCAUUAUUGCUGCAUGUGUUGUGAUCUUUCUGACACUGUGCUUUGGACUGCUUGCUAGACGACAAAGAAUAAUGAAGCUUUGCAUAAAAGAGAAAGACCCUCACACAGAAACAGCUUUAUGAGAACACUAAGAUGCCAUCGAAUAGAGGAAGAGUUGUGCAUCAGGAUCUCCUCAAUUUAUGUAGUCCCAUCUGUAUUUAUUGCUAUUAUUAAAUUCACUCCUGUCAAAUUGUCAGAGGUUAUGAUGAAGUGUUUCGUUAAUCACUUAACAGUAGUUGUUAUGACUAAUCUGAUAUACUUAUGGGACAAUUUUAUGGAGAGAGCUAUUCAGAAUGAAAAGUAAGAUUUCGUUAAGUUUUCUCCUU